AAUUUAGACAUCAUAUGUAAUGCACUUUUUUCUUUUACUAGGUAUUGGAUGCAUUAAUUAACCCUGAACUAUGAUAUUUUAUUUGUCAAGGUACCACCCAAUACAAAAAGCUCUUGCCGGGUUUUAUGGCACCCAAUGCGGCUACUGCUCCCCUGGAAUGGUCAUGACCAUGCACGGCGAGCUGCAGCAGAAGGGCGCCCUGACGGCCCAGCAGGUAGAGGACGCCCUGGACGGGAACAUCUGCCGCUGCACGGGUUACCGCCCCAUUCUGGACGCCUUCAAGUCCCUGUCCCUUGACGCCACGCCCAAGCAGAAGGCGUUUCUUGCAGACAUCGAGGAAGCACACAACAACAGGUGCCCGAGGACGGGUGAACGAUGUGCCGGUAAGCUGAGCGACGGCUCGUGUCGAGGUUCGGCUGACGGGGAACGAGACACCUGCGUCGGUAGCACUUCCGACGAUGACAGCACUAGCAGUUUUGACGAUAUCGUAAUUUCCUCCGCCGACAGCGGCGACAAUUUACCUGACGAUGGAAGCAGCCCCAGUAUCAGCAGCUCGUUGUCCAACAUCAUCAGCUACCUGUUCGUGACUGACGCCGCAGCAGACACUGGACCCACAGUCACCACCAGCAAGGGUCGUUGGUUUUAUCCGGUCACGGGUGCGAGGGUGAUGAACGCUCUUCAAACUGCCACAGCCCAAGACAAGUACCUCCUUGUGGCCGGCAACACGGGGUCUGGCGUUUAUAAGAACGAUGGCCCCUACACGAUGUUCAUUAGCCUGGAGAAGGUGCCGGAGAUGCAGCAGACAUCGAUCAAUUCCUGGCCAAUCAAAUUCGGCGCCCGAGUCACACUCGCCCAAUGCAUCGACGCCUUCAGGAAGGUGGCUGCAGGGCCUUCCGCCGUGCCUGGCUACGCGCACCUCAACGAAAUCGCCGACCACUGGCAGGUCGUGGCCAAUCUCGCUGUCAGAAAUAACGGGUCGUGGGCGGGAAACUUAAUGCUCAAGAACCGACACAACGAGUUCCCCUCCGACAUCUUCCUGACGCUCGCUUGCUGCGAUGCUACGCUACUCAUAGGUAAUGCCGUCACCCGCAGGCCAGAGCAGGUCAAGGUGAUUGAACUACCUUCGUACGACAUGAACAUGAAGGUCAUCGUGGGCAUGUCCAUCCCUCCGCAGCCUACCGGCAUUCAGAUCCGCACAUUCAAGAUCACGUCGCGUGCAGUGAACGCCCACGCGUACGUAAACGCCGCGUUACGCCUGCCGCUGGACACGAGCUAUAAGGUGACGGCGGCGCCUCGAAUUCUCUUCGGAGGCCUCGGCAAAAAAUUCAUUACAGCUGCCAAGACAGAACAGUACCUGGUGGGCAAGGACUUGUCAGACGCGUCGGUGGUGCAGGAGGCCGCCGGUGUAUUGGCCAGUGAAGCGGAGCCUGAGGCGGACCCUGAACAAGGCAGCAUACCCUACCGCCGCUCGCUUGUCCAGACGCUCUUCUACAAGGCUAUCGUGAGCAUCUUAAUGGACGAUGUGAGCCCCAGGAUUCGAUCAGCUGGCGACAAAAUCAAGCGCGGGGUAAACUCCGGCCAGCAAGAAUUCGACGAAAACUCAGAUAUUUGGCCUCUCGGCAAGGCCAUUCCCAAGUUGGAGUCUCUCAUUCAAGUGGCAGGUGAAGCGGAGUACGGCGAUGACGUUGCUGCGAUGCCCGGGGAGUUGCAGGCGCAGUUCGUACUCGCCCGGUACGCAAACGCCCGCAUCGACGCCAUCGACGCUGCCGCCGCUCUCGCUAUGCCAGGCGUGGUUGAUUUCGUGACAGCAGUAGACAUCCCUGGCAGGAAUUCCUUCUUCUACGGUCCAUUAUCCUUAUUUCCUAAUACUGAUCCCCUUUUCGCCACGGAUCGUGUGAUCUACCACGGCCAACCGGUGGGUUUGAUCGUUGCUGAGGACCGAACCACGGCGCACGCGGCGGCCAAGCUUGUCAAGGUUACCUACUCUGAUAUCAAGACGCCAAUUCUCACCAUCCAAGAAUCCAUCAAGCAGAAACGACUGAAGGCCUGUAUCGACAAAAACGGGAAAACCGUCGACGCUGUAACUGAGGGUGACCCCAAUGUCGAAGGUUUGCUGCACCGCGCAACUAACAAGAUUAAAGGAGCAGUUGAAGUGAACACGCAGUACCACUUCGCCAUGGAGCUGAUGUUCGCUCGGGUCAUCCCUAUAGAGGAUGGCUACGAUGUCGUCUGCGCCACGCAGGCACCCACUGAGACACAGACGGUUAUAGCCGACGUCCUGGGAAUCGACGCCAACAGCGUUAACAUCAGCGUACGGCGCCUGGGGGGCGCUUUUGGGUGUAAGAUCACCCGCUGCAACCUGGGCGCAUGUGCGGCGGCCGUGGCUGCCCAUAAAACACGUCGGCCUGUGCGUCUCUUCCAAGACCUGUCGACGACGAUGGCGGCCUGUGGAUGGCGAGAGUUCUAUUACGCCACAUACGACGUUGGGUUUGACAACACAGGCAAGUUUGAGGCGGUAAACGUGAAUCUUUAUUCGGGUUCCGGACACUCCGCCAACGAAUCUUCUCUAGAGUCUGCAACGGAAAUCAUUGCAAACGCCUACCAAAGCCCCACCUGGAACGUCGUACCCAAGAACGCCUUGACCGACACCUCUGCCAACACCUGGUGUCGAACUCCCGGUCAUGUGGCGGGCCACGCGGUGAUUGAGACAAUAGUUGAUCAUGUCGCGGUCCACCUGAACAAAGACCCUCUAGAGGUGCGGGAGGUGAACCUCACCCCCACUGUACAACCCAACAACCAAGCCAACGUCUUUAAAGACUCCAUUCUGCCGUUGCUCAAAGAAAAGGCCAUGAUCGCUCAAAGGAAACAAGAGGUCGAGCAGUUCAAUAAGGAGAAUCGUUGGCGUAAACGCGGGCUUUCGGUGAUCCCCAUGAAGUACGAUUAUACAUAUUCGCCAUUGUUCCGCUACACGGCACUCGUGUCUAUCUACGCGCACGACGGUACCGUUGCCAUUACCCACGGUGGCAUCGAGAUGGGACAAGGAAUUAACACCAAGGUAGCCCAAGUGGCUGCAGCAACGCUUGGGAUAUCCCUUGACUUGAUUAAAAUCAAACCCACGACGACGACCUCUAACGCCAACACCGCCCUCACUGGCGGCUCAUACGGCACUGACACUGUGUGCCAUGCCAUUAAGAUUUGCUGCGAGCGGCUGAGGAAACGCAUACGUGCCUUCAGCAGCACGCUGGACCAGCAACUCCUUCCGUGGCCGCUGCUCGUCAGGCUCUGCUUCCUGAAGGAUAUUGACCUAUGCGAGCGCUAUUGGACUUUCUCUAAGCAGCUGCCCAAGAGCUAUAUCGUUUGGGGAGGCACUUGCAUAGAAGUGGAGAUAGACGUACUCACCGGCAUGUAUAUCACACGUCGAGCUGACGUGAUAGAGGACGCUGGACGAAGCUUGUCCCCCUACGUGGACGUGGGGCAGGUGGAAGGCGCCUUCGUGAUGGGCCUUGGACUGCACACCUCAGAGUACCUGCAGUUUGAUGCCAAGACUGGCGAGAAACUUGUCACUGGCACGUGGGAGUACAAGCCUCCCACGGCCCUGGACAUUCCAGCAGAUCUUCGCGUGACGCUCCUGUCGAAUGCGCCUAACCCCUUCGGCGUGCUCAGCUCGAAAGCGACUGGAGAGCCGCCGCUGUGCUUGGCGUUCGGGAUCGUCGGCGCUCUCCGACAAGCCAUAGCGGCCGCCAGGGCCGAUGCCGGCGUCAUGGGAUGGUUUCAUAUUCGUCUGGGUAGCAUGAACACAGCGGUUCGAGGCCUGUCGUAUCUGGGAUCUCGACUACUGAAUUGCGACUGGUGCUCACCCGCCACGCUGGACGACCCGCCGCCCUCAACCCCUAAUACAAGCGAUAACCUCGAGUGCGUCUUCGCGUGCUCUCCCUACGGCAAGGUGGGCAAGGUGUUGACGUUCGUAUCCUUGCUACUGUUGGCCUGGGGGGCGCUGUACUUCAUGGCUGGCGACGUCGCUGCUGCGGGUGGAAACUUGUUCUCUCUCCUCGUCGUUUACGUCGCCUCAGUGAUCGGUGGCAAACUCUCACAGGCAUGUGGGUUGCCCCCGCUCCCAGGGAUGAUGUUGUCUGGCGUGGCGCUGAGGAACCUUCCGGGGAUUCAGAUCAUUGGGGAAGCCAUCGACCUCAGCUGGUCUCGCGCUAUCAGGGGCAUAGCGGUUGUGGUAAUUAUUCUCCGAGGAGGACUGAUUUUGGACCCAAAAGUCCUCAAGACUAUGCCGUUCGUGAUCUUCAGGCUCUCCAGUGUGCCGUGCAUCGUCGAGACCGUCGUCGUUGCUGUCGUCUCGCAUUUUCUACUCGGCUUUCCUUGGCUUUGGAGCUUCAUGCUUGGGUUCAUUUUGACAGCUGUCACGCCGCCAAUUAUAGUGCAGUGCCUGCUGCAGUUGUCGCUGCAGGGCUACGGAACGUUAUAA